AUGAACAAAGAACAAUUCUGUUCAAAUAAAUACUUUAUCAGAACACUCUCCCUCAUUGAAGAGAUUUUGGAUCAUAAAGUCCAACCUUUUGUAACAAAUUCUUUAAUCGGGGUCCAUGGAGCGGCUUGGUUAGAAAGUCAAAAGCAAGAAGAAGUGAAAACCAAAAAUUCUCAACAACCUGAAGAUCAGAAAAAGGAUGAUAGGGAAGAUUCCGAAGCUGAUUUUGAUGCUACUUCUGGCAGUAAUGAAAAUAUAAAUGAGAAUAAGUUACUCAAGAAGGAACUUAGAAACAGGUAUCCUAGAGUAGGAGGUAAGCCAGACCCAGUGAUCUUGGCUUCCAUUCGUGGUCUUCUCCUUUUCGACGAGCUCGUCUCGGAUUGUAGGCUUGAAAAACUCGACCGUCUCAUCGCUAGCAAGGACAGCGUUGUCGAUGUCCCUCUUGCAGCGAACCCUCUCAUCCUGGUCCCACCGCCGUUCCAAUCUCCCGAUAUAGAGGUAGAGGUAGAUGGAGCUGAGGAGCUGGCAAAGAGCCAGUACGGCCACGCACAAGUAAAGACUGCGAUCCCUCUCGACGGACAUAACUCGACUGCCACUGAUUGGUUCAACGACUGCUACUCCCAUAGCGCAUGCGACCAAUUUAUUAAUCCUAGCAGGCAUCUUCCCGUUCGACACUCCUUCUUUAGAGAAUGA